UUUUGAUCAUCAUCGUCUUCAUCGCUGAGCUAAAUGUAACGCGGUAAAUAUUCCUUGCGUCAGCUAUGAGUCAUAAGGAACUGAUCAAGCAGUUUUUUACUCUUCAAGAAGAAAGGGUAAAGACGUACAGAACAUUUGACAGUGGUUUCAAAGAAUAUCUUGAGAGUGCUCCUGACUAUGACUUCCCAUCAUAUCGGCAACUGGUGCAUGACAUAACACAGAAAUUCAAUAAGAUAUCGAGUGAUGUUAUUACAAUUGAAACAAAGUUUAGGGAGGCUGGAUAUACCAGUAUUGCAGAACUAAUCAGAAAAAUUCAACUGAAAGGAAAAGAGAAACUGGAACUGACAGCUCAGUUCCAAAUAGCACAACAAAAUUCUGCAUCAGAUCCUUCCUAUGAAAGUAAAGCUGAUGAGACAACAGCAGUUAAGUUAAGUCUACAGAAGCUUGUGGAUCUCAUUGUUGAACUCCUAGAAGAAUUGAAAUAUGAAGCUGAAGACAUUCUGCUAGAAGACACUUAACACCGUGCGAGCUACCCAACGAUUUUUGUUCAGUCAGCUCAAAACAAAGGGAUCCGCUGAGCGAAGCAUUUUGGCAACCACGCUCAAUAAACAGUGCAUAAUUGGGAAAAAAAUGUAAAUUGACGCAAUUUCAAUCCAUUUUUUCUCGAGUUGUGGGUUGUAUAAAUUAUAUCAUGAAAUAUUGACUGUCAGGCAGCCGAUGGUCGGUAAUCUGUCGGUAAGUUUUCGUACCUAAAAGAGGUUCGCAGAGCAUCGUUGGGCGACUUGAUAUGCUUCAUUGUUCGAGAGAUCGCAGCAGAAAUGAUGGCCAAGUGGAUAUCAGCUGGCAUAGGGCAUUUGUUUCAGCGGCCAACGUGUUUUGAGGAAAAAAAAACACUGGGAUCCGUUUCUGAUGGAAUUGAAUUUAUUUUAAACUGAUUUAUUCCCUUUUCGUUCGAACGAAAACACUUUGAGCUUAAGUCACGGUAAUCUUUACACGGUGUACAUAAUUUAUAGAGGUUAUAAGUUUAAGUAGGGUCUACCUGGUACUGGUGCCACUAAAAACUGUUUUAAAAAAAGGCCUUUCAUGUAUUCUUUCAACGACAUAGUUUUUAAUGUCUUGCGUGCACGUUUAGUAAAUUAGUCGACAGUUUUGCAGUUCUUUCACAUCCGCAGGGUUUGGUUUUGCUUUGUUCGGGUUGGAAAUCGUGUAAAAUUUAGCCCUACUUCCUUACGUUCUUCUCUUGUAAUCCAUGUUAAACCUCUCUUUCCUUGGCUGUUUUCUGUUCUAUUAUUACCUUUUUGGGAUCUUAAAAUAUUCCGGAAUUUA